AUGGGACAAACUCGAGGAAGACGAAGAGACAAGAAGGAGAAGAAGAAAAUUGAGCAAGAGCAAGAUGAUUUGGAACUGGCUUUCGAAGAAGUAAACAACACUUCUAGCCAAGGCGAUUGGGAAGGCAGUUUCGGAACAGCGCCCGCUGAUCAAACAUCUUCCGGUCAAUCGAGACAGGCAGCUUUCUUCGGCCUUUUGGACAGACAGGAGCUUGAGUACUUUAAGAGUGCUGAGUCGACAUUAGCAGCGAAUGCAUUGACCGCCGACGAGAAAGUAGCGUUUGUUGAAAAUGUUUUCGAGGAAUCCAAGGGUAAAGAAUUGAAGCUUGUCACAAAUCAGGUAUGUUCCAAACUGUUUGAGCGCCUAGUUAUGCUCGCUAACGAUGACCAGCUUAUCUACUUGCUGAAGUCAAUCAGUGGCCAUGUGUUUGUUCUUUCUUUACAAAAGUAUUCGUCGCACUGUGUCGAAACACUACUUUGGAAAUCAGCGGGGCUUGUUGAGCGGGAAGUGAGAAAAGAAGCAAAUUAUACUAUGUCUGACGAGAUUGUCUCCGCAGAAAUGCUUAUAGUUUUCUUGGUCAAUGAGCUACGCCCUCAUGUGAGCGAAAUGGCCAAGGAAAAGUAUUCUAGCCAUGUGUUGCGCUUGAUCCUUUUGCUGCUAGCUGGCUUAUCGCUGGGGAACGAUCCAGCUCUUCGCUCUAAAAAAUCUCGAAAGGCACGCGAAUAUACAGACAUGGAUGCCGUCGGAGAUUUGGAUCAACGCCAAGUGCCUUCCACGUUCACUGAGGCGUCCAAUGAAAUUCUCACCGAUUUAACACAGGGUCUUGAUUCUAGCAAAGCGAGAAAUCUUGCGAUUGAUCCGCUCACAUCUCCUCUUUACCAAGUUGUCGUCAGGAUUCAGUCGUCUAGAAGCUAUUUCACAUUCGUGGACCUAUGUCUGACUGGCGAAGGAUCGGAGGCGUUUUAUCAACAUACCACAAGUGAUGCUGUUGGAACGCACUUUUUGCAGUCUUGCCUGAUGUCUUUGCCUCGCAAGAAACUGUUGAAUAUUUACCAGACUCGGUUUAAGGGUAACUUGGUUAAAAUGGCUUGCAGUGACAACGGCAACUUUGUCGUUCAAAGCCUUCUCAAGUCCAAGUUGGGACCUAAAAACGAGGUGGUUGCUGAGCUCCUUUCCGAAACGCCCAAGAUACUUGCCGAAAAUCAAGUGCAGGUUGUUCGCACAAUGCUGCAGGCAGGAGAACCUGCCCAGAAGGCAGAGAUUUACAAACUUAUUAUUCAAAGAUAUGGAAGCGUUGCGGAGUUACUGCUUUCCAACGACCUACAGAAAGCACUUCUCUUGCAGGAUCUGGUCACGCAACCUCAGUAUUUGCAAGAGGCAGGCAAAGCAUUGACCUAUGAAAUCAUCACAUCAAAGGCCACUGAUCCUGUUCAAAGCCAUGUUCUGGAGGCGAUUUUGCGUCCUGAAAUGGAGAUUGUAGAGCGCAGGCGUAUUCUCAACAUAGUCGUGCCCUUGGUCGCCGACCUGGCCGCGAAUGCCUAUGGGUCUCACUUGGUUGACAAGCUCUGGCCAUUCUGCUUCAAACUCAAAUUUGUGCGUGAAAGAAUCGCAACUGAGCUGUCCAAGCACGAGGAAACUUUGAAGAAAAGCAACUACGGUAAAAUGGUGUGGAAAAACUGGAAGCUGGACAAGUACCUGCACUCUCGCAAAGAGUGGUAUAACAUUGUCAAGGAGCACGAAGAUUCGUUGCGAGAAACAGUAAAUGAACCACCUGCUCCUCGUGCCAAUGGCAAAGCAAAGCCCCGGCCUCGGAUCAACCAUAAGAAGCCAUACGAUAGACCCGAGACCAAGGCAAAUUAA